UGACCCAGCGCGGCUUGAGCUGAAGGCUAACUCACUGCUGCAAUGCACUCUCCUCUCUAAACAUCAGGUCCGUCUUAUCCAUUCAAAACCCCGCCAGUGGGAGCAGAUCUAAACAACCCAUACCUGAACAUUCUCUUGUGUGCCAGGCUGGUCUACAUAUCCAAAUCAAAUGGAUAAUGGGGACUGGGGGCAUAGGAUGACUCACCCAGUCACCUUAAAUGUUGGAGGUCACCUCUACACCACUUCCAUCGCCACACUUCAGCGUUACCCCGACUCCAUGCUGGGGGCUAUGUUCCGUGGCGACUUCCCGACCACGAGGGAUGCUCAAGGAAACUACUUUAUCGACAGAGACGGGACACUGUUCCGCUACAUACUAAAUUUUCUUCGCACAUCAGAGCUCACCCUGCCAAGUGACUUUGUGGAGACAGAUCUUCUACGCAAGGAAGCUGACUUUUAUCAGAUCGAGCCUUUAAUCCAAUGCCUCAAUGAUCCGAAGCCACUGUACCCCCUAGACACCUUCGAACAGAUGGUGGAACUGUCCAGCACCCGCAAACUUUCUAAGUACUCCAACCCAGUAGCCGUCAUCAUCACACAGUUAACCAUAACCACAAAGGUCCACUCCCUGCUGGAGGGAAUUUCCAACAACUUCACUAAGUGGAACAAACAUAUGAUGGACACCAGAGACUGCCAGGUGUCCUUCACCUUUGGACCAUGUGAUUACCACCAAGAGGUGUCCCUCAGGGUCCACCUCAUGGACUACAUCACCAAACAGGGGUUUACAAUUCGAAACACUCGAGUGCACCAUAUGAGCGAGCGUGCCAACGAGAACACAGUGGAGCACCACUGGACUUUCUGCAGGCUGGCCUACAAAGUGGAGGACUGACGGAGCCCAGAGAUGAGACUGAAUUAUGUGGUUUAUUUGAUUGCUGCUGAUGCCAAUGCUAUAACUUAAUUAAGCUGUGUAUAUAUGUCAGUGUUUGUUGUGAGACCAAACUCAUCUAUGAGGGGAAGGGAGCAAAGAUGAUGGAAUUAUAAACAAGUCAAUGUUUGUAUUGUUCAUAAAAAAGAUUUUCAUUCUACUUUGUACCAAUGUGAUAAAGUGACAUUGAAAUACAUUUACAGUUGGAUUAGAUAAACUGCCAGAUAUAGACAAACACUUCAAACACCUCAGAUCAGUCAUGUACGUCUAGUCAAAACGAUACCGGAAAAUAAUUUUGUAUGUUCACUUUAGAUUUAAAAAAUGCUACAUUUUGUACACCAUGUGCAACAUCAAGGUGUUGAAGACAUGCAUGUUUUUACCAUAUAUCUGAAGUAUUAAAAUAUCAACAUGUCAAAUUAAAAA